AUGAAGCGCCUCUGCGACCGCCUCGGCCUCCUUUUCGAGCUGUACAAUUACACCAUCGCAGCCGCGCUCAUGGCUGCCAACGGCACGUCCAAGGUCAUCAUGCACAACCUCGUGGCGCACGGUUCUCAUUCUGUAUGCCUUCGAUCUUCCGCGCUGUCGACGACCCAGCAUUCUGCCUCUUGGCGCCAUGGGCUCGUGGGCGCCAAAGUUGCUAGGUUCGAACUUGCCGAGGUCAUUCUCAAACUCAUGGCGUCGCUCUCGGACUCGCACCCGCGCGUGAAGGAGGCUGGCCACGCUGCGCUUGUUGAUAUUACGCGGCCCCGAGAUGGCCUCAAUUGCCUCUAUCUUGCUCGGUGGCAUGCGCGACCCGAUCCACCAGACGACGGGCUCGACCGCUCCCGCCUGCAGACGCCGCUCCUCGACCCGAUUUCCGAGGGUCACAUGGGCCCGCCCAAAGCGCGUGGUAUGCUCGUCAAGGACCAAGACCACUACUCGCACCUCGUGCGAUGGCUGCAGCAUCUCAUGCACCUUGAUGCGCUUGUCCACGGUCUGCGCGACGAAAUCAUUCAGAUCACGCGCCACUCCAAGGACGCAAUCUGCCAAUGCGUUCUCUGGGUGAUUGCGUUCCUCCCGCCGGCACUCGACAACGGCUUCUUUAAAUAUCAUGGGUCGCCGCUCGAUCGAUCGAUCAAGCUCAUCUCGCAGCUCCUCACGACGGUGGACGACCUCGUCCAGGAGAACCGACUGCUCACGACGUCGAUGGCAUUGUCCAACGACCGGAUCCUCUUCAGCGAGUACGUCGCGGUCGUCACGAGCCGCCCGAACGACGAGAUGGUGACAGCGAUCCAGCACGUGGCUAUCAAAGGCCUGCAACGCGCGACGGCCGGCGCGACCAGCCGCAUGCAAGCUUCGCGCCGAGACACGAGUCGCGCGUCGACGCCAGAGAUGUCGAAUGCGGCCGUAGCGCUGGCCGUUCUGGAGGCGCAAGCGCGUGAUGCCGUGGCGCUCACGAUGCUAGAUAUCGUGGCGUCGCUCCCAGCAUCGUCGCAGGUCUGA